AGGGAAAAGAAGGUUUGCAUCGUCUGUCGAGUCUCGACGCCGCCAACGCUGGCGCCGGGUCCCUGUGAAGGCUGAAACAGACGUCUUUGACUCGCGCGUGACGACUGUCACCACUGAAGAGGGCUCUGGGACGCGCCAGCCUGUGUGAUUGGCGCAGCAGAUGUCGGGCCGAAGGGGUCGACGACGAAACCUCUCGCUCUCCACGGCAUGGUAGGGCAUAGCCCACCAUGAUAUACUCGGCAACGCCGACUACUCUUGGCUGGGGAUGGUGUGGGACGGGAGGCGGCGUGAGAGACGCUCGGAACGAGGUGAGAUCGAGCGAGGCCUCGAUGUUCUCCUGACCGGCGACCUCGUGUGCAAAUGCUCAUUGCCUACUCACAGGCCUGCACAUCAUGGCGAUAGUCAACGCCAGCUUCCCGUUUGCAAGCCCUAUAUGAUCAGCGGCGGCCUCGUACAUGAAUCAUCGCCCUUAUUUUCUCGCCACAAUCCCGAGGCACGAUGCCCCAGAUGGCCCACUCCGGCUCAGGGCAGUCCUGUAACGGCCCAUCCUGCGGGCCCUCAGCUAGGUGACGCCACGUCGAACACUGCGUGCCCUGCAAGCGGGGAACUGGGAUCAUCGCGGCGACGCUUACAGUUAGGCCCAAGUCCGCUGUCCGCUCAGAUAAUACCAAGCUUGUCCAGGCCUUGGAAGCAGAAAAUCUCCCGCAUCGUCCUUCCACUUUGGCACCCUAACAUCGCUGGUGAAGAGCAUAAGGCCUUGGCACCAGCGUUAAGAACUCAAAUCCUGUCUAGGUAACACCCUGUGGCUUGCCUGUUGUGUUCUUUCUUCUGCGAGGAAACCCUACUGUUCGUCUGGGCGGAGCGAGCUCCUGCCCCCUCUGCAUUGUUAUUUGAUCUUUGAUAUCCUACCCCUUCGCUCGCUUUACUCUCGCUCGGGCCGCUUCCCCCAGGUCUCUUAUUCCCCUAGCUUCAAACACCCGCCGUUCCUUCUGCAACUCCU